AUGAACGAUCUUAACUGCCUGAAGUCCCUCAGGACGGCGAUGGGGGACCUAGACGUGUACGAUGUAAUACACAACUUCAUACAGCUCGAUGUGUUCACCAACGAGGAAUGCAUCGAGAUCACAAACGAACCGAAUGAAACGUUUAGACUCGAUCUGAUGUUUAUGAUACUGGAGGUAAAGCAGCCCCGCGAUCCAAACAUAGUAGGCCGGUUUAUGGAAGCACUGCUGGAAUACUACGACUGGAUCGUAGAAAAGUGGAAAAUCUAUUGCAAAAUAACGACGAACACCCAGUAUCAGUCGUACAGGAAUGAGUCAUUCAUGCCAUCGCAUUCGACAGGCGUGUAUAGGAAGAAUUUACGAUGGACAAUACACAAGCACCUGAUGUCAUUGCGUCACGGGGCGUCCGAGCAUCGGUAUCUGUUCGUCAAUGGCAAGAUCGGAACCGGCAAGCAGACGCUCGUUUGUCAGGCGUGUGAAGACAUGACGGUGGUGAUGCGCAUGAACUAUAAAAUCUUCUACCUGGAUCUGGCGUACUGUAACACCAAGGAGGCCACGCUGGAAAUGUUGGAAAAGUUGCGCGUCCAGCUGGGGGAUGCGGUUAAGCAGGAAGAGCGCAGCAAUAACUACAGCUAUCCCUCGAAUAAAAUCGACUACUGGAAGCGCACCUUUACCCAGGCAUUCGAGAAGGAACUGUCGGAAAGCUUGCUGGUGCUGGGGCACGUGCGCAGUGCCGAACUGAUCAAGGAUUUCGACUUCAAGUGCAAAACCGUCGUGAUCACGAGCAACACGGACGUGGUGGGCGAGGUGAGCGAAUCGGAACGAUUCGUGGUGGAACUCCCGCAAGGUUUCACCGAAGACGAAGGGCUAGAGCUGUUUGCGAGGGCGCUGAAAAAGAAAAGCACCAUGUUGCCGCCCGAAGCGACGGAGCUGUGCCGUGCGUUGCAGGGUAAUCCAUUCCUCAUCAACCUGAUCGCGCUGCGGAUGAGCGAAGAGUCCAAAAACGAGAAGCAAAUCGACUGGCAGCAACACAUUGACAAUCUGCAAAACUUUAGCAUUGGCCGAUCGGAGCGGGUUUCGCGAACGAUCGCUUCUACGCUGGAGCAGUUCACCAAGGAGGAGCAGCAGUGUUUCCACGAUUUGGUGAUCUUCCGGGACAACGUGCCACUAUCGCCGAGUGUGCUGGAGAUGUACUGGGGGAAGGAUAACAAGUCGACCGAAUGUUUCCUGUCAAAGCUGGAACGACGUGGACUGCUGGAGAAGCGUGUCUGUAAGAAUAAGAUGUUUUAUACGAUGCAAUACAUUUGCUAUAACGAUAUCAUGCAUCCACCGGGCUCAGAUAUGAUCAAACUUCAUCGUCGUCUGCUAAAAAACUAUAGCAUUCGCGAGAAACUCGACAACCGCAGGGAGCUAGAACUGACUAACGAGUUCCCGAACGAUGACUACUUUCACUUCUACAUUGGAUACCACAUAGAUAAGGCCGGGGAGCAUGAUCUGUUCCCCGUGCUGUAUCAAGAUUUCGGCUUUCUGGAGCAGAAGCUGCGCAUCGCUGGGCUGGCAAAUACGGUCGGCGAUCUGCGCAAAUAUCAGGACAAGAUAUUUCCCCACGUCGAUGAAGAAUUCAUCAUCGACGCGCUGAUCGAGUUUCUGAUGGUGGCGGAGUGUUUGCUGUCCGAUGAUUCGCGGCUCCUGCAGAGGGCAUUAAACUUCCCUGGAGAGAUCGGAAACAUGGCGAAGGUGCAGGUGGAACAGUUUAAGAACCAUCUCUGGUUCUGUGAUGUAUCUCAUGGAUUUGAAUCUUCGGUGAUUAAACUGUGCCAUCGUCCGGAUGUGGUGCGCUUUCAGGAUCAGAGUCAUGUGUUUGUGUCGCUGGCCAACAACGAUAUCCAGCUGUGGAAUCUCUCGGUAGACUACGUGGUGCCGCCGAUGACGUUUAAGGGUUGUCAUGGCGAUCAGAUCAAAGACAUGCAGAAGACGGACCAAUUUUUGGUGGCUCUCAAUAGGCGAGGAUUGAUAAAGGUGUGGUCGACCAAAAACCCACCUGACCGGCCGGACUAUCGCAUGCGCGACGCUACAGCACGCGAGGUAGAGAAAACACUAUCCAUAUCCGGUGGGUUCAGCUGUUUCUGUGUGUUGAAGCAAAGCAGACACACGGAACUGAUCGCGAUCAGUCAGACGGGAUUGCUGUGCGUGUACAAGGUGUACAAUAUCGAGUUCCGCACGGAAAAGCCGGACAUCAAACACCAAACGGACAUAUACAACGCGUACAUAUUGCUGCCGUUGCGAGAUUUUGACUACGAGAACAGUGGUAGCGCCAUCAGACGCUGCCUGUUUUUGGUCGUUGUUGGUAACACACAUAUGGGAAUCGUUUUCAACAUGAUGUCGACAAGCAUCGAGUCACGGUUCGUCGAACCGGAAAAAGCACUCAAUGUGCACCAGCUGCCGCAAGGAUUGCUUUUCGUCAACGAAAAUCAGGUGCGUUUGCGGGCAGUGCAUCAGGACGGACCGGAUGCGGCCCGAAUUGUGUACGAGAGCAAACAUGCCGUCAACACGUGCAGUGUGGUGACGGAGGACAAGCGGUACGUUGUGCUCGGUACACAGCGCGGCAUCUCCAUCGUCAACAUCAGCGAAGGUGUCGAGGUACGGCGCAUGAACAACAGUCACUCGAUCGUCGAUCUGGACGUGUUGAUGAUGGAGGAAAGCAUGUCCCACGUACUGCUGGCGUCCAUCUCGAAGGAUGGAGAAAAUGCGAUGAAUCUGUACAGCUUAUCGCUGGACACAACCAACCAGUAUCAGCUGGAAGGUACCACAGUGUUUCUCGCCAGCCUGGAAGAUGAUCCGGUGCUGCUGAACACCGUAGAUCGGCACUGUCGACUGCAGCAGACACUGCUACACGAUAACGAUUGGCGUGUGUCGCACGAAAAAACGUUCACCAAUGAAAAUAUCGAUGCGCCCGUGCUGUCUGUUAUCAAAACACCAACGGCGUACUAUUUUGGCCUUGAAAAUGGAAAACUGCUUAAGAUGUCCGAAUGGCACAGCAGCACCCAGAUGGUGAAUGUGGUGAAUCUCGGCACGGAGGUAACGUAUUUGGAUUACUUCCAAUGUGCCACUGAUCGGGACAAUCUGGAAGUGUUGGUGGUAGCAGGCAAAGGUAUCUGCAAAAUAUACGUGAACGAACGUGAGGACAAAGAACUGCCCGAUACCGUACGGAAGUGUUACCUACUGUACGAUCGUUUCCUGCUGCUAAUUGGUGAUCGUUGUUCGAUUCAGAUUUAUGAUUUUGAGAAACGUUAUGAACCACCGGAAUUAGUACAAAAAGAAAUCGAACGUUCGUACGGUGCAUCAGCUUACCAGCAGCAGCCACGAUCGGCACUCAUACUAUGCACAGCCGAUGGUAUCGUUUACCAUCUAGGGUUGCAACAGGGCCUCAUCGAAUCGUCCGAUUUGGCUCCGUUCGACGAGCUGCUGACGGUGAAACCGGCCCAAAGCAAACACACUCCGUCCGUCACCGGUAGCAACAAAGUGAUCUGCAGCUGUGCCUUAUCGGCGGACGGAGAGUUCCUGGCCGUGGGUUGCCAAGACGGUCGGAUCAUACUGCACCAGCGGGAGCUCAACCGGCAGCUCGGUGUGCUGGAAUCGCACCAGUUCCCGGUGUCGGAAUUGUACUUUAGCAACUGGAAUGAACCGGGCGCACCGCAUAUAUUGGUUAGCGUCGGCGAUCUGAUCGUGUUCUGGAGCGUCGACUAUGUGGUGAACAAUCAACCGCGCAAGAGCGUAUCGGGCAUACGGCGGUCGGGUCGGUUUAUACAGCGCCGGACGGCCGAUGGAAUGGUCGCAUCGAACGAAAACCGUCGGUCGAACGGUAGCAACCAUUCGGGUUUCUCCACACCGGUCGUGGGCAGUCCCGUGCAGAAAAGUUUCCUGGGCGAACGGUUCGCCGACUCGGUAUAUUGGUGCGAUAAGCGGGGCUCUUACAGCAAACCGUACCUUCUGUCGUGCAUCAAACUGAUCGGACGGGCGAAACGGUUGAUCAUGAAUCGAGAGUUUAGCAAAUUUCUCACAAUGGACGAUGAGGGUUACAUUCACUAUUUACGCUUUUAUCGUCCAUCCUCGAACCAGCUGCUGUUUCCACCGCCCGCAACCUUUGCGAUGGGACCGCCUGCCGUGCCGGCGACGGUUACGCCAAUGGACGACGGGAGCAUUAGCCAUGGGAGCAACAGCAACGGCAACAGCAGUUCGCGUACCGUACAUCUCAUAUGA